AUGGAUACAUACCGAAGAAACUCAACUACUCCACCAAAUGCAUCACUCUCCAGUGGAAAUGGAGUCUGUUUGAUGAGAAGUUCAUGGAAAGAAGAUCAACGUUCAUCCUUUAUUGAUUUUAUCUCCACUUUCCUCUCUGCAAAUUCCUUUCGCCUUAAUUUUGUGCCAAUUGUUCCGGAUUUUAUUUUCAACUGCGGGGGUUUGUCUGUGGCUUUCAUUUUUGUGACAAACUGGGACUGCAACAAUGUGGCUCCAAUCUUCAACAGAAUUCAGCAACUGAAGGCUCAGUUUUCCCGUUUUUAUGUUGUUAUCACACUUCCUGGAAAAGAGGAAAUGGAUUCAUUUAUUGAGUCAUAUUUCAAAUUUGGGAUGGUGAUUGGCAAGCCUACAUUUAUACCAGUUAAGGACUUGGAGAUGGGGUUUGAAAAGAUGGUAAAAAUUGCCCAUUCUUCUGGAGUUAUUAUUCUCCAACUAAUUGCAGUAUACAAGCAAGAGGGAAUUGAAGAAAACUUUAAAGCUGAGAGGAAGAAGUUGGUGCAAGGAAUGAACUUUUACCUCAAAGUUGUUACAUCAAUCCCAGGCAUUGACAAUCACGAUGCAAAUGCGCUCAGUCAAGCUAUUGGUUCUGUUCAAGCAAUUGCCAAUGCAUCAAAAGAGCAGAUUCUGGAGAACACAGAUCUUUCCACUGACAAGGCAGAGAUGGUUUCAAGGGAGGCGGUCGAGAUGGCGGCCGAUGAAGUAUAUGUGGUUGGGGUGGGACAUGAAUCGGAACUGGCGGAUGAACCGGCGGCUUCAUACGUGGCUGCUGGUUACUCAUCUGUCCAUUGGGUUGUGCAUGUAUUUGAUGUUUUGGGUUUCUUGCAAAACUGA